AUGUCAACUUCGAUCACCAUUCCGAUGCGAACAACUUAUGGUGAGAGCAGCAAGGCUGCUGUAGCAGCCAGCUCCAGCUCCUCAUCCUCCUACUCAUCUUCACCUCGAACACCACAGCAACCACAAACAACACAAACAUCGACGCCUACCUCUUCGAAAGUCAAAUAUGGUCAUGAUCGGAGACCAAGUUUAUUGAGCUCCUCAUUCUCGAAGCAAGAACAUACUGUCAUCAACAUUGGAGAUCCUGACGGGGUACCGCGCUUGAUUACUUGCGUCCGAUCAUCUCAAGGCUACGAAUGGAACCCAGAGAUCUUCUUACCCUCAUACGUCGAAUGCGACUUCGAAUCCCUUGAACGAAAGCGUGACCCGGUCCACGAGAUCCGCCUGAGCGACGAGGAGAUCAAGCAGAUGUUCCCUCAAUAG